AUGCUGCGCUUGUCUCUUGGGAAGUACAACUCGUUGGGGGAGGCAAACGGGGAGAUACGCGAUAUGUUUGGAUUGAUAUGAGGGUCUCAGAUGUGAAAUUUGAAAAAACCGAAAAAAAAAACUAGCUAAUUUAGGUAAUUUAUCACUUAUCUCAUGAACUAGCUAGGUCAGGUAGGGCGGUCUCGUGGUCUCCGGCUGCGGACGCAGCCGGAGACCUCGAAACCGCUCCACCUUAACUAGCUACUGAACUACUUACAUGAUUAUUUAUGCAUCGAAACUAGCUAGUUUCUUUUUUGGAAAAAUUUGAAACUUCACAUCUGACGACCUCAUAAAGCACUAUUAAGAUUAACAGCGACGUGUCUCACGCUGUAGAAGCAAACCUCGUCGCGCAGUUGAUGACUAUCCAGGUAAACCAGGCGUAUACGGAUUGGGCGAGCAGCUGGACGCACGCCGUCGCCCCCGCCGGGGGGCGACCCCAUUCCUCCUUUCUUGAAGAAGGAGCUACGCAGACGCAGCAUUCGCACGCAGCACUGCGUGGUGGACCCGAAGCAGCGACAGGGUCAGCACCUUUUGCUGACGAAGUCUCGACAACUCCCGUGCCCCCUCGUGACUCUCUGGCUUCGCCGACCGUCUCUCCCGCCACGCUUGCCGGACGAACAAUGGACGACGGCGUCCUCUGGUCUGAGAUGCAAACGUCCCCCAGUACGGGUCUUGGGAUCGAAACACCGCCGAGUACUGCUGGAGAAAACAGCCCGUUGUCAAGCGGACAGCUGAAUGCUGUUGCGGAGAUGCCGGGCGAUGUGAGCAGUGGCAGCGGGAGUCCUGGUGCGCAGAACGGCCUUUUUCGUGUGGUGUCACCAGAAAUUUCGCACGCUCCUCCCGCUGCUGACGGGCCUGGAAAUUGCCCAGACGACCACCCCCGGAGCAGUUCUGGGGAAACAGCUGCCGCGUCUUCCAGCAGUAUCACCUCGAGCCAGCAACGCCCAUGCUCCAAUGACGAGAAAACGACCAGCACCACCCGCGAUGGCGACCAGAAUUUUCGCGGCAACCUACGUGGAACUGCGAUGAAGCAGGAGAUCGCGAACGUGAAGGAGCUGCCAGCUUGUGACGGCGUGCGUAGCGCCGAGAGCCACAAGCUCGGUUUCGCGGUUUCGAAAUCCUCUGCGUGGGCACAGGAGGGCGAUGCACUCUCCGCCUUUUUACUAGCGUCGGUUGCUCUGACGGCGCUUAUCGGGCUGGCCUGCAACUUCGGUCUAUUUCGCCGAUGCAACUUCUUUUGUUGCGCGCGCGCGACGCGCGGUCUCAACUGGCGGAAAAAGGAGCACCUGCGAGCCUCGUCGCCCCUCCGCCCUGAUGCCGCGUCGCCGUCUUCAGAGCAUGGCGAAGCCAGAUCGAAAAGUACCGCGGACCAAGGGCACUCAGAUGCCGCUUCUUGCGAACGUCAUCCUGAACCAGAGGGACGAGGUGUCACCUUCCCCGGGCAUCUUGAGCAUCAGAGUUGCACGGAUGGCACAACUUCAGAAACCCAUGCGCUUCUGAAUUCCUGACGGAACAAGGGCAGCGAAGAUGACGUGUGGCCUUUUUCGUUUUUAUUAAUUUCACCUUUCAUUCACAUUCAGUUUCAGAUUCAGCAUCUUUUCCGUUUUUUAAAAAUUUUUGUUUAAUCAUUGCCUAUCAGUUGUAUCAGAUAUAAUGGAUAUAUAACGAAGGUGUACACGGUUCACUUUUCGGCAGUGGUAGAUCUCCACUUCACUUCGAGUUUUCCAAAGCAUGACCCUUGAGGCAAGAACGUAAAGCCAGACGAAACAGCAAAUCUUGAUUUUUCAAAUAAAGAAGAAGAGCUCUUGUCUUCCAAACAAAUUCUGUCUUUCUGGUUUGAGAAGUGCGGAGGGAGGCACAACAGCGCAGGUUUGAGGUUCUAUCUUUUCCCCCAUGUCGUACAACGCUACUAGAGCUAUUCAUUGCGCGCUCACUUUUCGAAACAAGUGAAGCUCCCGGCUGUGCUUUCUGCUAGUGGCGAUACUGAUGCCAAGAGUAGUAGUAGCACUUGGGCUGCUAGUCGCUUGUGUAAUUGUACAGCACUGACUACGUGAUAGUGCAUGCUAAAGUUCGCGCAGCAAUAGUAGUAAUACAAUACGGCUACGCUGCAGCCCCGUAGCUUUUCAGACCCAGUAUAUCAAAGCAGUGCCCCCGCGAGCUAUUUUAGUUUUACAAAGAGCGUUUUCAUUUCAAUAAAAGAAGAGACCUACUGUAAAGAGCGUUUUUAUUCAUUUUUUGAUUUUUAUCUGCGUGUUCAUACAUAUUAACAUUAAGUAUUUCGAUUGUUUUUAUUUGGCUGCAAGGCUCUCGUCUCCCGGGUAAAAAACGUGGAUACCUCGAAGAGCUCCCCCCGGAGUGCAGCUAGUAUAGUUGACAUCAGCAGCGCCAGUACUACAACUCCAGAGGAGAGGCAUUCGCAUGAACCACGAUAGGGUGCACAAUGAACAGGUAGUGCCGCAGCUCCUGCCUGUCUCAGAAUUCGGAAAAAUGCUAAAGUGCACGGCCGCAGGUUCAUGCAGGUGGGAGUUUAGUCUUUUCAGUCGCAGCAGUUCUCGGGGUGGGUGGUGAUUUCGCGGCUGCGCUGCAGUUUCAUCUUCGACAAGUAGAAGACUACAGAGCCUCCAGCGAAAGCAUCAAACAAGGUCAAGACUAUAGAAGUGACCUCCUUGAAAAUAAAAGACAGCUCACCACUGCCCAAGCAACAAUAGCAAGACCGCCCUCUGAUGGAUGCUACACGAGAAGAGUGAGGACGAACAAAGAGGCGACACUGAAGAGUAUACGCUACAGUGUAAAUGCUUCAUGGAACGAAAUGUUUUGCACCCG